UCAAUCAUUCCAAGGUCUAGUGACAUAUAUAACAAAACGAAAAGUAUCUAUAAAUACAAAAUAAAAAUAAAACAAAGUUAUUAAUUGACAUUACUCAUGUGAAACGACUAUUAAUAAACAAUUGUUUCUCAAGAGAGAGCCAAGAAUAUCAUAAACAAUACAAACCAUAUUUGAAAAUUUAUUUUCAACAUCAGGUAAAACGUAAAUAUAAUAAUCUAGGGUUAAAAUCCAAGCCGACACUUACGUCACCAAUGGCAAAACUCGUAGAAGUACUUUUUUCUGGAUAUAUAUCAUAACAACUCUUACACAUCUCCAGUAUGACAACAAUCUGUGAAUAAGUAUGACGGAAUAAAGAGUUGCUCUUGGCUAUAUAACAUGUAGUGUCUAUAUUUAUAUUUAUAUUUAAAUUUAUACGUACUUAUAAAAUAAAUACUUAAAAAUUUAAUGUUUAUUACAGUGAUAAAGAAUAACUUUACUUACAAUAAUAAUAUUUUAACGCUAGUGACAACAAUUAAAAACACAAACAAAAUGUCGAAAUUAAUAAAAUCUAAUUAUUUAGAUGUGGGUAGUUUAACAACAGUGAUGACUAUUAGAACUAAAUAUCCAAUAAAUAGUGACAAUGAAUUGUGAUCCUGGUAUUUAUUUGUAUAUUUAUAAUACCAGCAAGUGCAUUUAUUUUUUUUUAUUUUUUUUUUAACUAAAUUUUAUUUCUGAAGAGAAAAAAAAUUUGUAAAUCAUUGGAUUUUAUGUUAAAAAAAAGGAUUUGUAAAACUGCACUGAUAUCUAAUAAUUAAUAAUUGAAAAAUUAAAAAAAAAAAAAAAAGUGUAAAUUAAUUGGAAUGGCAGCAGCCCAAAAAAAAAAUCAAUCACGUAGACGUCUUGCAGCAAUAACAUUUCUAUCAAAUAUUUCAUUAGAUGGAAGUCAUCGGGAUACUAAUUUUUCAUUACUACCUCACAACGGAGCUAUACACCGUCGUGAAAUUCACAUAAAUAAUAUUAUUAAUAGCAGUAAUAAUUAUUCUAAUGGCAACGGUGAUCCCAAUGUUAAUGAAAUAUUAAAAUACAAUGAAACAUUGGUAGUAACAGAUACAUUUGGUGAUGAUAUUGUUGACAUCGUGCCAGGAUAUAUUUCAGAAAUUAAACACAAUGAUUCUGGUGAAUUGCCACACAAAACAAUUAAUGACCAUAAUUCUAUUAGUUCUGAUUCUGAUGGAAUUUUCACUUCUGCUAAAAAUACAAUCUCUGCUUUGCUUGAUCAAGAGCGGAUUCAACCAUUGCUCUCAUCAAUACCCGGCUCUUUUCGUGAAAGAGCUGGAACGGCAGGUAGUGAAUACUCACUACCAGAAAGACGCGUGGGCUCGCUGUACCACAAAAAGCGUAUAGUCCAUCAAACAUCCACUCUGUCUGAAGACAUAAAACACCAUUACAACAGCAGCACUGAAAGCAUUGGCUCCCAGAGAUCUAAGUCGAUUUCUUCCAAAAAUAAAGGAAAAGCUAUCGGCAAUGUUCAAGCUUGUGUCACAGCCAAUGCUGUUAUUAUUCCUGAAGUAACAAGGGAAUUACGGAUCAUGCAACGUCCGACAACUGGGCACAAGUUUGGAGACGAUCGACUUGUCUUGGUGUCUACCAAGAAAGUUCCUUUUCUUGUUUUCUCAGCUUUGCCUUACAAUAAAAAUCAACGGACCAGUUGCUGUUCAAGUGUUACGAGUAUACCUGGGUUCAUAAACAUCAGUGUUUCUAAUCGAAUUCUACGCAGGUCUGAACUACGUAGAGAUACUGGUCGUAGACGAAAUACAUCGGGUCCAAGGCCGCUUUCGGCUAUUAAUGAUAAUUUAGAUCCAUUUGGUUUAUUGGGAAUUGAACGCGCUAAAGAUGGACAGGAAAUGUCCUAUGGUCAAUUAUUGGUGCCGUCACGACAAUUUCAACGUGAGAGAAAAAUUCACACAAAUGAUAACGAGGGUAUUGAACUCAAUCAUAUUGCUCCAAAGCAACACAAUAAUGUUUCAAGGACAAAAACAAUAGCUUGGAAUAAGGACCAUACUAAAUGGUGUCUGUCUUACGAUACUACUUCGCACCGAGGGCAACCCGUGACAUCUGAUUCUCCACCGUUAUCGCUUACCAAUGACAGUAAAAAUUACGAUUGGGAUGAACAUGGAAUCAUGCAGUACAAUCCAAAUUUAUUAGAUGAUCCCGAAUUAAUUGCUGGGAAACACCGUACACUUCUUACAUUUACUUCUUAUAUGGCAUCGGUUAUUGAUUAUGUACGUCCGUCUGAUUUGAAAAAGGAACUUAAUGAUAAAUUCAAGGAGAAAUUUCCACAUAUUCAAUUAACCCUCAGUAAAUUACGCAGUUUGAAGCGUGAAAUGCGAAAAAUAGCAAAACUAGAGUAUGGAAUAGACCUAUUGACAGUUGCAAUGGCAUAUGUGUACUUUGAGAAGCUUAUACUACGUAAUGUUGUUACGAAACAAACUCGUAAAUUAUGUGCCGGAGCUUGUUUACUAUUAGCAGCGAAGCUUAAUGACGUAAAGGGUGAAGUGCUUAAAUCACUUAUUGAGAGAACUGAGAGUGUAUUCCGUUUACACCGUAAGGAUCUUAUUGCAUCGGAAUUUGCUGUGCUAGUCGCACUUGAAUUUGGACUACAUUUACCAACGUGGGAAAUUUUUCCUCACUAUCAACGAUUAAUCUAUGAAUCUUGACCUCUUUUACUUAUUCAUUCGAUAAAGUUUAAAAUUUAUUUGUCUGGAAAAUAGUACACAAAUACUUCGUCCAACCUUUAUUCUCUUCUGGCUUAAAUUAUUUAUAAAUUAACACAAGCGUAAGCAAUAAUGUACCUUAAAUAUACUCAAUUAAUUAUUUUUGACGUGCUUUCAUAGAUUAACAAAGAGUUUUUAGUCAAAAAAAUAUAAUUAUCUGCACGGAAAAAACAAGAUGACACUGAAUAUCAUCCCAGAUUAUACUCAGUG